ACCCGCCGCCUGUAGUCCAGCCCCCGGUCUGUUGUCGUUCUCAGGAGAGGUCACAUAAGGGAGAAUUGAUGACAUGGAAAAGGUUAGGUAUUUCAAAAUGGACUCUAUUGGGUGUGGGGGUUUAUACAUGAUGCAGUGAAGGUAUUUUCUGGGAUUUACUAGGUUGCAGUAGACAAUAUGAGAUUUGGGUGUUAUUAGAACUUAUAUGAGACUUUCAUUUUGCCUAUAGGCCUAAAGUAAGUGUUGAUGAAGUGUCUUCAAUGGCUGGUAACAUACAUGGUGGUCUGGUCACAUUGUCAUUAUUUAGCCUAAAUGUAUAAUGAUGCCAAAAAUGAUAAGGCAUAUAAUGGAAUUUAAUGAUAUUCAGUCAUUCUAAAUGGUUCUGAAAAAGAAUCAUAAGAUUAAAGCACUAAAAUGAGCAGACUCAGAUAAAUUCUCCUUCUUCAAGAUUUUAAAGCGGCCACUUCUCAUGCAUUCCUCCAAUCUCUUACACUACUACUCAUGUGAGAUCAUCAAUCUCCUGGCCCAGAGAUAAUUCUCUAAUGUGAUCUUCAAGCACACGCCUGCUGAUAGCCUCUGUGUGUGUGUGUGUGUGUGUGUGUGUGUGUGUGUGUGUGUGUAUGUGUGUGUCCUCCAGUGCCAGAAGGCCAACACAUGCCUGUAUAGCCACUUCACCUCAUUCACCAUUCUCCAUGUGAACCUCUGAAUUUCAUUACAGUCCAGUAGUGUGCUUCACUGAUUCGUCUUGAGUGUAUAAACAAACAUAGAACAGUAGUGACUGAGGAGAGCUUCUCACAGGCCCUGCACGAGAGGAGAAGAGGAGUUCUACAAAGACAGAAACGGUCCCUUACUUCCUUCCUCAAUGUCUUGCAUGAGGGCAUGGUUUCAUAUCCUCCUCCUGACAUAAGCAAGUGAGUUCUCUCUCCCUUCACAGAUUACAUUAUGAGUUUGCUCUCCCACUUUCUUUCUGUUACGGGUCAUUUCCUCCUGAAUCAUAGAUUAUGACACCAUUGAGGGUGUCAGCUGAUCCAGGAGAGAGAUGGUAUAGUCCAUCCCCUUCCUGCCUUCCCCCUCAAUAGUUGACAGGCAGUGAGAUGGAACAAGGGAAGGCCUAUGUAGGAUCUCUCUCUCUCUCUGUGAAUUAUCCAUAGCAGCCCAUUCAGGGCUCCCUAACACCUGGUGUGGAGCAAACAUCUUGCCUUCCAGUUGAUCAUUUAUGUCAGAAAUGAAUAAUCUCAUUGCAGAUGUGCUUCAUGCUCCACAUGUAUCUUCUUUUUGGUGCUAGAGCUGGUGUUUAUCCCCAUAUAUAUUAUUUUCCAUUUCAUUCCAUUAUAUUCUAUCCUACAUCUCUUCCUUUGUGUGGUAGCUAGUGUUUACCCCCAUGUUGUGAAUAGACUUAUCUUUUGUCAUCUGGUGGAAGUGACUAUGCCACAUUUGAAGGUGGGCUGGAGGCUAACCUAGAGGUGGGUCAAUAUUGACGCUAGGCUAACUGAGGAGGACAUACCUAGCAGAGCAAACCCCAGGGCCACAAUAGCCCCAGCCAGAUGACAAAGAGACGUUUGUUUGCCCUGCUACGACCUCCAUGGCAGCUCCUAGAGUGUAGAAGAGAGAGAGGACUUCAAAGAGCUGAGGCUUUGUUUGGUGUGCUCGCACUGUCUUCCUGUUCUGACUGUUAGGGUGGAGGCAGCAGCACUAGCACCAGAUGUAGAUGUAAUGCGUGGUGUGUGUGUGUGUGUGUGUGUAUGCGCAUGUGUGCGUUCGCACAAACACACUUGCACAACCACAGUACAGUCAGCUCAACAGGUGACUCAACAAUGCGAACAACAGACAAAUAAAUAACAAAUUGUUUUUAAUCUAAUUGCUAUCAAAAUGUUGCGAAAUUAUUCAGCAUGUGUCCACAAUGCACAACAUGUGUCCACAAAGCACAUUCACACAUGGUAGAACAUGUCAUUCCUUAAAGUUGAUUGAAACGUUUACAUGUCAUUAGUGACCUCAGUAGUAACAGUUCUAACAAUAACACAGAGACGCUGACAGAAGAGAACAUACCUAGCCUGUGUCCCAAAUGGCACCCUAUUCCCUACAUAGUUCACUCUAUAGGGGAAUAGGGUGCCAUUUGGGAUGCCGACAUAGUGGCCUGGGUUCUAAGAAUAAGCCCUGUGGCAGGGGAAUGGCAUGUGUAAUCUGUGAGGUGAUAAGACAGGGCCUGGUGUCCUGUUUUCCAUUCCUCACAUAGCCUAGCCUACACACUGUUAAAGCUGUGCAGUCAGCUUAACCUCCCAGGCCAAGGGCACUAUAAUGGUUAUAGCUUGGCCUCCGUAGGCUAUGUCUGUUCCUCUGUAAUCUCCAAACCCAGAACCAAAAUAUUGUGUGCACUAACUAGCUAGCUAGCUACACACGUUGAGUCAGCAUAAUACAGGGUUCUGAGGUCUUUCAGCAGACUUCAGAAUGGAUCUCUCUUAAAGCUCAGACAUAACGGUAGGAUUGUCAAACGUUUGCCUGCCGACAGUACUUAGUACCUCUGACCGCCGACACUCUGUUCAAUCUCUUUUGUGUUCACACAGCAAAGACCUUGGAAGUCGUCAGCCACUCAGCCUUGUUAAAAUACUCCAAACCAGAAGGUGGCAGUAGCGUUGUUUGGCAAUGCAUAUCCGUGUGCAUUGCUUAUGGUCUAGAUUCCAAGCUACACUAUAAAUACAAAAGUAUGUGGACAGCCCUUCAAAUUAUGGCCUUACUGAAGAGCUCAGUAACGUUCAACGUGGCACCGUCAAAGGAUGCCACCUUUCCAACAAGUCAGUUCGUCAAAUUUCUGCCCUGCUAGAGCUGCCCUGGUCAACUGUCAACUGUCAACUGAGCAACAAAGGCUCAGCCGCGAAGUGGUAAGCCACACAAGUUCACAGAACAGGAUCCCCGAGUGCUAAAAAUCAUCUGUCUUCAGUUGCAACACUCACUACCGAGUUCCAAACUGCCUCUAGAAGCAACGUCAGCACAAGAACUGUUCGUCGGGAGCUUCAAGAAAUGGGUUUCCAUGGCGGAGCAGCCGCACACAAGCCUAAGAUCGCCAUGCGCAAUGCCAAGCAUCGGCUGGAGUGGUGUAAAGCUUGCCGCCACCAACUGGCAGUCCGACUGACAAAUCUGGAUUUGGCGGAUGCCAGGCGAACGCUACCUGCCCCGAAUGCAUAGUGGAGGAAUAAUGGUCUGGGGCUGUUUUUCAUGGUUCGGGCCCUUACUUCCAGUGAAGGGAAAUGUUAACGCUACAGCAUACAAUGACAUUCUAGACUAUUCUGUGCUUCCAACUUUGUGGCAACAGUUUGGGGAAGGCCCUUUUCUGUUUUAGCAUGACAAUGCCCCCGUGCACAAAGCGAGGUCCAUACAUAAAUGGUUUGUUGAGAUCGGUGUGGAAGAACUUGACUGGCCUGCACAGAGCCCUGACCUCAACCCAUCUAACAGCUUUUGGAUGAAUUGGAACACUGACUGCGAGUCAGGCCUAAUCACCCAACAUCAGUGUCCAACCUCACUAUUGCUCUUGUGGCUGAAUGGAAGCAAGUCCCCGCAGCAAUGUUCCAACAUCAUCUAGUGGAAAGCCUUCCCAGAAGAGUGGAGACUGUUAUGGCAGCAAAGGGGGGGGGGGGACCAACUCCAUAUUAAUGUCCAUGAUUUUGAAAUUAGAUGUUCGACAAGCAAGUGUUGGUCAUGUCUCCCGAGUGGCGCAGUGGUCUAAGGCACUGCAUCGCAGUGCUAGCUGUGCCACUAGAGAUCCUGGUUCGAAUCCAGGCUCUGUCAUAGCCGGCCGCGACCGGGAGACCCAUGGGGCGGCGCACAAUUGGCCCAGGGUAGGGGAGGGAAUGGCCGGCAGGGAUGUAGCUCAGUUGGUAGAGCAUGGCGUUUGCAACGCCAGGGUUGUGGGUUCGAUUCCCACGGGGGGCCAGUAUUGUACUAACUCGGCAGCUAACACAGGCAGCUGUUUCAUAGAAACUAGAUCAUCCAUUGUCAAUAUACAGUGGUUAGCUAGCUUGGAGGAAGUAUUUAGUGUUGUGUGCAUUGCAUCUGUGCUUGCUACCAUCCCAUAGCCUACAUUGCAUAUGAAGUGUGGCACUCGGUGCCGUUUUAAGAUGAGGGAGGACCAUUAUUUUUUAAUGAGCAUGGUCUUAUUUCUAUUACAGCAUAUUGGAUGACUGUCAUUCAAAUUCCAUUCACCUAGGUCAAUGUAACAUCGAUUGGUUUAGGCUACUACAUGAUACUCAAAUUAUCCCUAUACCCAUCAUGAGGUUGCUACAACCUAGCCUACGAAUUAAAGUUUACAACGUAGGUGCACAGGUCAAGAUACAUUAGGGUAAUCAAGGUGACAGACAGUGACAUCUAGCUGAUCUAGGUUGUAAUCAUUAGUCCAAAAGUUGCAAAUGAGAGUUUCUAUUGGACAAAUUCAGGUAUGUUUAUCCCCGUUUCGUUCCAUUUGCUUCCGUUUAAGAAACGUUUGUCAACAGAAUCGGCGGAAUGAAUAGACCCCUUGAUUACAAGCAAACACAGAACUAGCAGCCAAAUAUAAACCGCAUGAUAACUUUGCUUGUAUAUAUAAUUCCUUCUCGCAUCUACGCUCUCUCCUCCUCUCACCUUUUCCCUUCGCUUGUGGACUUCAGUGCACAAUACAACAGCUGUCUGUGACCAGGUGAAAAACCUUUCCAUGCCAAACUUUGAUACCAUAACCGCUAACUGCUACACACAGCCUACAUCGUUUUCACCAUAGCAACGUCAUAGUCAACAUAGCUACUAGAACUAUAGAGUUAGUAAACCCACUUAGGGCUGACCCCAAUUUGUUGACUGGUCGAUUGUUUGGUCGAUAGCCUGUUGGUCGACCAAGAUUUUUUUUUUUAGUCGAGCAGUAGUAAAUAUAUACAGUACCAGUCAAAAGUUUGGACACACCUACUCAUUCCAGGGUUUUUCUUUAUUUUUACAAUUUUCUACAUUGUAGAAUAAUAGUGAAGACAUCAAUAUGAAAUAACACAUAUGGAAUCAUGUAGUAACCAAAAAAGUGUUAAACAAAUAUAUUUUAUAUUUGAGAUUCUUCAAAGUAGCCACCCUUUGCCUUGAUGACAGAUUUGCACACUCUUGGCAUUCUCUCAACCAGCUUCAUGAGGAAUGCUUUUCCAACAGUCUUGAAGGAGUUCCCACAUACGCUGAGCACUUGUUGGCUGCUUUUCCUUCACUCUGCGGUCCAAUUCAUCCCAAACCAUCUCAAUUGGGUUGAGGUCGGGUGAUUGUGGAGGCCAGGCCAUCUGAUGCAGCACUCCAUCACUCUCCUUCUUGGUCAAAUAGUCCUUAAACAGCCUGGAGGUGUGUUUUGGGUCAUUGUCCUGUUGAAAAACAAAUGAUAGUCCCACUAAGCACAAGCCAGAUGGGAUGGCGUAUCGCUGCAGAAUGCUGUGGUAGCCAUGCUGGUUAAGUGUCCUUUGAAUUCUAAAUAAAUCACAGACAGUGUCACCACUAAAGCACCAUCACACCUCCUCCUCCAUGCUUCACGAUGGGAACCAUCUACUCUGCGUCUCUCAAAGACACGGCGGUUGGAACCAAAAAUCUCAGAUUUGGACUCAUCAGACCAAAGGACAGAUUUCCACCGGUCUAAUGUCCAUUGCGCGUGUUUCUUGGCCCAAGCAAGUCUCUUCUUAUUAUUGGUGUCCUUUAGAAGUGGUUUCUUUGCAGAAAUUCGACCACGAAGGCCUAAUUCAAGCAGUCUCCUCUGAACAGUUGAUGUUGAGAUGUCUGUUACUUGAACUCUGUGAAGCAUUUAUUUGGGCUGCAAUCUGAGGUGCAGUUAACUCUAAUGAACUUAUCCUCUGCAGCAGAGGUAACUCUGGGUCUUCCUUUCCUGUGGCGGUCCUCAUGAGAGCCAGAAACUUUUCCGUAUUGACUGACCUGUCUUAAAGUAAUGAUGGACUGUUGUUUCUCUUUGCUUAUUUGAGCUGUUCUUGCCAUAAUAUGGACUUCGUCUUUUACCAAAUAGGGCUAUCUUCUGUAUACCACCCCUGCCUUGUCACAACACAACUGAUUGGCUCAAACGCAUUAAGAAGGAAUGAAAUUCCACAAAUUAACUUUUAACAAGGCACAACUGUUAAUUUAAAUGCAUUCCAGGUGACUACCUCAUGAAGCUGGUUGAGAGAAUGCCAAGAGUGUGCAAAGCUGUCAUCAACGCAAAGGGUGGCUACUUUGAAGAAUAUCAAAUAUAAAAUAUAGUUUGAUUUGUUUAAUACCUUUUUGGUUACUACAUGAUUCCAUAUGUGUUAUUUCAUAGUAUAGAUGUCUUCACUAUUAUUCUACAAUGUAGACAAUAGUAAAAAUAAAGAAAAACCCUGGAAUGAGUAGGUGUGACCAAACUUUUGACUGAUAGUGUACAUUUUUCAAAACUUCAUUGUGUGAAUUGUUUGAGCUUGAUUGUUAGUGUAUAUCACUUCCCCAUUACAUAUUUACAUUUACAUUUUAGUCAUUUAGCAGACGCUCUUAUCCAGAGCGACUUACAGUUAGUGAAUACAUUAUUUUAUUUUUUUAUACUGGCCCCCCGUGGGAAUCGAACCCACAACCCUGGCGUUGCAAACGCCAUGCUCUAUCAACUGAGCUACAUCCCUGCCGGCCAUUCCCUCCCAUACCCUGGACGACGCUGGGCCAAUUGUGCGCCGCCCAUGAGUCUCCCGGUCGCGGCCGGCUGCGACAGAGCCUGGACAUAUAUCACCAGUAGUACAUUUACCGUUAAUUCCUAUAAUUCCUAAUCUACAAUGUUUGUUUGGUUAUGGUAAUUUCUGUUAAUGCAUUCAAUGUAUUAUUAUUCCAGUCUUACCGUUUUCAUUGUCAGAGAGGAACACAUUGUUUGCAGAGCGCACAACCUAUGCUACAGUUGUGAGAAACACGUUUUGGUUUAUUUCGUUCCAUUUACGAGUUUUACCAAUUCAUUCAUUAUCUUUUGUUUAGAGCGCUCCUGUCAAUGUUUAGUAAGGACUCGCACCUGAUAACGCAUAGAAGUAUAUAGGCCUAUAGGCUACCUGGCCUGCGUGCAAAUGUAGGCAUAUAAAUGUGCCCAUUUGUGAAGCUGAUAGUAUUUAUGAUUGGUUUAACGCACCACUAAUGAGCUGUGGAGCUUCUCAAAGUAAUGUUUUCUUCACCUCAAACAGCAAGCAAAGAAAGUCGGUUUUACAUCCUUUGAGAAUGACAAUAGUUCCUCAAUGUAUUUGAAAAAUCUUUCCAGCUCUCUUCCUUUCGAUAACAAAUCAUUGUGAAAGCGAAAAGAAAGUCAUGCUUUGAUCCAGUGGAAACGUCAUAAAAUAGGCCUACCUGAUUGACUUCUUAUCAGUGCUUGACUUGGACUGAAAUAGGUUGCAGUACUCAUUUUGGGUGCUGGUACUGUUUAUAUUUAGGUGCAGGAGCUCCACAAUAGUUUUGAGCUAAUAUUUUAUAAGAGGAACAGGAGCUCAUGCAAUAGAACAUUUUAGGUGCUGGUACUCAGUUCCAGUGAGCUCUUGCCCAAGUCAAGCACUACUUUUCCCUUGCUCAAAUAGCCUACAGCUGUGUCUGUCCCGAGCUCACUGGCGCAGGAAACUCUAGCUAAUAGUUGAUACAAUGUUUCAAGUUCGUUGCAGUAAGGCUAUGCAUAGCCAAUGUGAUUUAUAGGAUUUUAUUUUAAAUCAAUAUAUUUUCUACCUGCACAUAAAUGGCAAUGGCAAUAGAAGUUACUUUUUAUGUUUUUAUCAUUUUCAUUUAGAUUUGGAUAGAAUUUUGAUUAACCACAUGAUUUUGAGAUAUGAAGACAUUAUUAUAAAUUAAAUUAAACUGUUCCACGAAAUUGUGCAUAUGAAAACCAUAACUGGCACGCAAAUCGGUAGAAAUGGUAAGAUAAAUUGGCAUUCCACAUGAGAAAGGUUGCCGACUCCUUAUGUAGUCUAUUACCGGCAACUUCUGGAGAGUAAUUGCAGAGUCUGCGAAAGCCAGCAGGAGGAGAAUGGUUGGUUCAGGUUACCUAGAUUUCUGGCUCCCUCUUGAGUCAUUGGUGUGUUAUUUCAUCAAUCAGUAAGUUUGAAGCAUCAGACAAGCUCAAUGCAUAUAGUUGAUUUUAUUAAAACACAUAGGGUGUGUCUAUAUAUGGAAAAAUACAUGUUAAAAAAACGAUUGGUCAAAAGAGCAGACGACUUUCGGUCAACCAAUAUUUUUUUUUUGUCGGGGACAGCCCUAAACCCGCUACAAUCAUGCAGUACAGUGUACAGCUAGCAGUUACACCGGCGGGCCCCGGUGGCAAUACAUUUAAUUAAACCAAAAGCUUACUUGACUUGGAAGAGUUCCAGUGUUGCAUAACUAACAUAGCAUCCCUCUCUGUUUGAACCAGGUGUUUGAGUAGGCUAAACUAGCUAGCUGCAAUCUCUAGCUAAGUAAAUGAAAGUGAAAGUAAAAAAAAUAUUUAUACUAUGAAAUAUAGCUAGCUCUUUCUCUCUCUCUCUCUCUCUCUCUCUUGCUUCUCCUUAAUUUUGGAGGAAAUUAAUUUGUUCAAAACUGUUCAACUAUUGUCUUUCGCUCUCUUUGAGUCAACUACUCACCACAUUUUAUGCACUGCAGUGAUAGCUAGCUGUAGCUUAUACUUUCAGUACUAGAUUCAUUCUCUGAUCCUUUGAUUGGGUGGACAACAUGUCAGUUCAUGUUGCAAGAGCUCUGAAAGGUUGGAGGACGUCCUCCGGAAGUUGUCAUAAUUACUGUGUAAGUCUAUGGAAGGGGGUGAAAACCAUAAGCCUCCUAGGUUUUGUAUUGAAGUCAAUGUACCCAGAGGAGGACAGAAGCUACAGUGGGGGGAAAAAAUUAUUUAGUCAGCCACCAAUUGUGCAAGUUCUCCCACUUAAAAAGAUGAGAGAGGCCUGUAAUUUUCAUCAUAUGUACACGUCAACUAUGACAGACAAAAUGAAAAAGAAAAAUCCAGAAAAUCACAUUGUAGGAUUUUUUAUGAAUUUAUUUGCAAAUUAUGGUGGAAAAUAAGUAUUUGGUCAAUAACAAAAGUUUCUCAAUACUUUGUUAUAUACCCUUUGUUGGCAAUGACACAGGUCAAACGUUUUCUGUAAGUCUUCACAAGGUUUUCACACACUGUUGCUGGUAUUUUGGCCCAUUCCUCCAUGCAGAUCUCCUCUAGAGCAGUGAUGUUUUGGGGCUGUCGCUGGGCAACACGGACUUUCAACUCCCUCCAAAGAUUUUCUAUGGGGUUGAGAUCUGGAGACUGGCUAGGCCACUCCAGGACCUUGAAAUGCUUCUUACGAAGCCACUCCUUCGUUGCCCGGGUGGUGUGUUUGGGAUCAUUGUCAUGCUGAAAGACCCAGCCACGUUUCAUCUUCAAUGCCCUUGCUGAUGGAAGGAGGUUUUCACUCAAAAUCUGAGUGAAAACCUUCACACAAUCUUCACACGAUACAUGGCCCCAUUCAUUCUUUCCUUUACACAGAUCAGUCGUCCUGGUCCCUUUGCAGAAAAACAGCCCCAAAGCAUGAUGUUUCCACCCCCAUGCUUCACAGUAGGUAUGGUGUUCUUUGGAUGUAACUCAGCAUUCUUUGUCCUCCAAACACGACGAGUUUAGUUUUUACCAGAAAGUUCUAUUUUGGUUUAAUCUGACCAUAUGACAUUCUCCCAAUCCUCUUCUGGAUCAUCCAAAUACACUCUAGCAAACUUCAGAUGGGCCUGGACAUGUACUGGCUUAAGCAGGGGAUACGUCUGGCACUGCAGGAAUUGAGUCCCUGGCGGCGUAGUGUGUUACUGAUGGUAGGCUUUGUUACUUUGGUCCCAGCUCUCUGCAGGUCAUUCACUAGGUCCCCCCGUGUGGUUCUGGGAUUUUUGCUCACCGUUCUUGUGAUCAUUUUAACCCCACGGGGUGAGAUCUUGCGUGGAGCCCCAGAUCGAGGGAGAUUAUCAGUGGUCUUGUAUGUCUUCCAUUUCCUAAUAAUUGCUCCCACAGUUGAUUUCUUCAAACCAAGCUGCUUACCUAUUGCAGAUUCAGUCUUCCCAGCUUGGUGCAGGUCUACAAUUUUGUUUCUGGUGUCCUUUGACAGCUCUUUGGUCUUGGCCAUAGUGGAGUUUGGAGUGUGACUGUUUGAUGUUGUGGACAGGUGUCUUUUAUACUGAUAACAAGUUCAAACAGGUGCCAUUAAUACAGGUAACGAGUGGAGGACAGAGGAGCCUCUUAAAGAAGAAGUUACAGGUCUGUGAGAGCCAGAAAUCUUGCUUAUUUGUAGGUGACCAAAUACUUAUUUUCCACCAUAAUUUGCAAAUAAAUUCAUAAAAAAUCCUACAAUGUGAUUUUCUGGAUUUAAGUGGGAGAACUUGCACAAUUGGUGGCUGACUAAAUACUUUUUCCCCCCACUGUAGCUGUCCUCCGGCUACACAAUAGGUACCCUACAGAGUGCUCUUGAGGCUAUGGUAGACCAAUCUACCGAUUUGGCUCAAAGUCAAGUUUUUGGCCACUGACGAGUAUUGCAAUUCUCAAGUAGAAUCGGUAGAUUCAUCGCUAUUGGGUCAGCACACAGCAGGUACCGCUUUUGUUCUAGCAAGAGAAGGAACGGCUUCCCCUGUAAUAAGUACCUAUCGGCAGUGAGAUUCUUGGUGUAUUUCAUGAUUUACCCCUCUGUGGCGGCCUCUGACCUCUCCUGUUGUCCACAAUGCGACCCCCAGCUAUAGACAGUCCUGGACACUGGUCCCCCGAGCCCAGCCCAUGGCCACGGUCAAACAUGGCUGUCUACUCAACCGGCGCAAACUGUCUGGUGAUGAUGGACGUCUCAUACUUCACCCCUGGCCCCUGGACAGAAGUCUAAUAAUGGGGUCUGGGACUUCUAUGUCCCCUGAACCUUAACCCUAGCCCCCUCUCUAGGCUACCUGUGACCGCUAGCUAGCCAUCCACAUUUAGAGGUGAAGAGGUCAACAUCAGAGCCAGGGGAGGAAGGUCAUGGGGGCUAUGGAAGGAGGGGUAUAAUUCAGCCUCUUUUCUUUUCUCUUCUUCUUUCUGUUCUGUUUUUUACUACCACCUUAAGGAGAAUGAAGCAUCCCUACUGACUGUGUCAGAGAUCCCUCUGUGCAGUGGUGCUGGAGCAUGUUUAAUUAGCCUGUUAUAAAAUACUGUAGCUAACUGAGCCAGUGUUCUUCCAGGAAUGUUCAUGAUUGUGUUAGGAAUGGCGCCGGAGGGGAUGGCCGCUGUUUUAUGGGCUCCUGACCAAUUGUGCUAUUUUGUGUGUUUUUUGACACUGUUUUUAACUUUUUUUCUACGUAAUUUUCCCCCCAUCGUUUCCUAUAACCGAAAAGAGCUUCUGGACAUCAGAACAGCGAUUACUCACCUCGAACUGGACAAGGAUUUUUCUUUAAUGAGUUGGGCGCGAAGGCUAUACUGCUCUUCCCAGACCAGGCCCAAAUCCCUGACAUUCGUAUGAAGAGGAGACGCUGUUUCAGAGGCCUUUACCCUACAUUCUACUGGCGAAUGUGUAAUCACUGGAAAAUAAACCGUUUGAGACUAUCCAAUCAAUGGGACAUUAAAAACUGUAAUAUCCUGUUUCACAGAGUCGUGGCUGAACAAGGACAUGGAUAAUAUACAGUUCGCUGGGUUUUCCGUGCAUCGGCAAGACGGGACAGCAGCCUCCGGGGGGUGGGGGGUGUUUGUCUCUUUGUCAACAAAGGCUGGUGCGCAAUCUCCAAUAUUAAGGAAGCCUCAAGGUUUUGCUCGCCUGAGUUCCUCAUGAUAAGCUGUAGACCACACUAUUUACCAAGAGAGUUUUCAUCUAUAUUCUUCGCAGCUGUCUAUUUACCACCACAAACCGAUGCUGACCGCACUCAACAAGUUGUAUAAGGCCAUAAGCAAACAAGAAAAUACUCAUCCAGAGGCGGCGCUCCUAGUGGACAGGGACCUUAAUGCAGGAAAACUGAAAUCCGUUUUACGUCAUUUCUACCAACAUGUAAACUAGAGAAAAAAUAAGUCUAGAUCACCUUUACGCCACACACAGAGCCGCGUACAAAGCUCUACCUCACCCUCCAUUUGACAAAUCUGAGCAUAACUCUGACCAUAACUCUGUCCUCCUGAUUCCUGCUUUCAAGCAAAACUCAAACAGGAAGUACCAGUGACGCGCUCAAUGCGGAAGAGGUCAGAUGAAGCGGAUGCUAAGCUACAGGACUGUUUCGCUAGCACAGACUGAAAUAUGUUCCGGGAUUCAUCUGAUGGCAUUGAGGAGAAAUACCACAUCAGUCACCGGCUUCAUUAAUAAGUGCAUCGACGACAUCGUCCCCACAGUGACCGUACGUACAUAUCCCAACCAGAAGUAAUGGAUUUCAGGAAACAUCUGCACUGAGCUAAAGGCUAGAGCUUCCGCUUUCAAGGAGCUGGACACUAAUCUGGACGCUUAUGAGAAAUGCCCAAGAAUGCCAAGGUAACGUGCCUAAAUGACUACAGCCCUGUAGCACUCACAUCUGUAGCCAUGAAAUGCUUUGACAGACUGGUCAUGGCUCACAUCAACACCAUCAUCCCAGAAUCCCUGGACUGACUUGAAUUCGCAUACCGCACCAACAGAUCCACAGAUGACGCAAUCUCUAUUGCACUCCACACUGCCCUUUCCCACCUGGACAGAAGGAACACCUAUGUGAGAAUGCUGUUCAUUGACUACAGCUCAGCAUUCAACACCAUAGUGCUGUCAAAGAUCAUCACUAAAUAAGGACCCUGGGACUGAACACCUCCCUCUGCAACUGGAUCCUGGCCUCCCCCAGAUGGUGAGGGUCAGUGUGGCGGAUGUGUUGUUGCCUACCCUCACCACCUAGGGGCGGCCCGUCAGGAAGUCCAGGAUCCAGUAGCAGAAGGAGGGCGAGGUGUUCACUACAGGAAACACGACGGUGGACUACAGGAAAGGCAGAGCACGACUCCAUUCACAUCGGCGGGGCUGUAGUGGAGCGGGUCGAGAGCUUCAAGUUGCUUGGUGUCCACAUCACUAAGGACCUAUCAUGGUGCAAACACACCAACACAGUCGUGAAGAGGGACGACAAUGCGUAUUCCCCCUCAGGAGGCUGAAAAUAUUUGGCAUGGGACCUCAGAACCUCAAAAAGUUCUACAGCUGCACCAUCGAGAGCAUACUGACUGGUUGCAUCAGCACUUGCUAUGGCAACUGCUCGGCAUCCGACUGCAAUGCGCUACAGAGGGUAGUGCGUACGGCCCAGUACAUCAGUACAGCCCAGCCAUCCAGGACCUCUAUACUAGGCGGUGUCAGAGGAAGGCCCUAAAAAUGAUCCAAUUCUCCAACCACCCAAGUCAUAGACUGUUCUCUCUGCUACCGCACAGCACAUGGUGCCGGAGUGGAAGUCUGGGACCAAAAGGCUCCUUACCAGCUUCUACCACCAAGGCAUAAGACUACUGAACAGUUAAUCAAAUGGCUACCCGGACUAUUUGCAUUGACCCCCUUAUUGUAUUCUUAUUCUUAUUAGUUGCUCUGACUCUCUUGGACUCACUGGACUCUAACCACACACUCACACAUGCUACACUGACACUCCAACACACACACGGACACACACACACACACACACACACACACACACACACACAUAUAUUCACAUUCCUUCACACAUUCGCUGCUGCUACUCUCUGUUUAUUAUCUAUGCAGUCACUUUACCCCUACCUACAUGUACGUUACCUCAAUUCCCUCGACUAACCCGUACCACUUCCCGUACCACUUCCCAUUGACUCGAUACCGGUACCCCUUGUAUAUAGCCUUGUUAUUGUAAUUUGAUUGUGUUACUAUUUUUCCUUUAGUUUAUUUAGCAAAUGUUUCUUACUUACUUUUAAAAAAUACAUUUCACUGUAAGGUCUACUACACCUGUUGUAUUCGGCACAUGUGAAAAAUAAAAUUUUAUUUUAUUUGUGCGUAUGAUGGGAUCCCUGACUGUGCUGAGAGAGUAUUGUUGAAUGCCAUCGUUUGCCUUUUGAAGCCCUUGUGGGUCGUCGGGAAAACGCUUCCAAGGAAAUUGAUAAUUGUAUUUAUUUUACGGCCUCCUUCGUUACAACGACUAGCCUCGGAGCGCUCUAAACCCUGGCGGGUUCAACUAGGCGGUCCGGAUCAUGUGCCAGUUUAGCUUUGGGCUAGAAACGAACAGGAAAUGGUUUCCCUCCUCCUCUGUGUGUCCCUCACCAUGCAUGGGGAUAAAGUGUUUAACUCUGAGGAUAGCGGGAGGAGAAGUAAGUCCCAGAUGUGUGAGGUGUUUAGUUGCAGUUGUUUCAGUCUUUUUGUGUGUCAAAUGUAGCGGGCGGGUUGUGUGUCCUUCUGACGCUGAGGUCAGCUAGAAGUCUGGUCGGAGGUUCUCAGAGAGCAGUAGUCCCAUUCUGAACCUGGAUGUUGACCAACUGGGUGCUGGUCCAACAGGAAAAUCAUUACCAAGCACUCUCACAUGUUCUAUAACACCUAUAGCCUGCAGGUAUACUACUGACAUAAGCAUAAAAACGAAAUGCCGUCUCUCAGAUACGGAAAUAAAUAAACUUUUUCAAAAGAAAGAUAUUCGAAUUAAACAAAGUUUCAAGUUCACUUGCUAUAUGGAAUACUGUAAACAUUUUUACUCACCAGAGUUCUCACAAACUCACCAGAGCGCUCAACUUAACCUUAACCGAACUGUUGAACUGUCAUUUUAAAGUCAACAAGAGCAGGACCACACAUGGAAGUCUUCUUCCUUUGCUCCUUUGCUAUGGCAGCAGCUUUUGUGCUAGUAAGUGUGUAGUAUACUUCCCAUUUAGCUUCAGUCUCUGCUGUGUGUAGUAUAAGACCUUUCCUUUCAGCCCUAGUCUCUGCUGUGUGUCGACUGCCAUGGUCCUUUGUUCAGUGAUAGUGUCCUCAAAUAAAGGUUCUUCCUCCCUUUAACAGCCCUGAGGAGCUCUGUCGCUCUAUACUUCCCAUUGUAUCCAAUGAGCUCCCCACUUUACACCUGGAUGAGAGGGUGUCAAAUUGAGGGUGAAAUACGAUGACUAACCUAUCCCUGACUAGCCUAGGGGUGCGUCCCAAAUGGCACCCUAUUCCCUAUAUAGUGCACUACUUUUGACCAGGGCCCAUAAAAGUAGUGCACUAUAUAGGGAAUAGGGUGUCAUUUGGGAUGGACCCCUAGACCUAGAUUAUACUGUAACAGUGUUGGUGAUGCAAUUAGAUGUGUUCUGUAGGUAUUGCUUUUGCAAUGCAAUUCAAUGACAUGCAUGGAGGAGUUCCAUGAUUGGAAGACUAUGCUGGUAGUGGAAUAGAAUAUCUCUGUACAUUCCAUUCCUUUGCAUGCUUACAAAUUAAUUUGUUACAUAUUCCCUCACAAUGUCUGACGUCAUAUACUGGAAACCUUAUUUUGCUUGUAUAACUUAAUACCAUUAUGGACCGUAAUCCAUUUGCAGGUAAGGUUUAAAAGUUCAGAUGCAGCUAUUGCAAAAUAGAAUGAUUAAUGACGCUUGCUGGAGUGAUGAAUACCAAUGUAUUUUGACAUUAAAAAGGAAGCGAUGUGCUCUCACUGUUCUCAAUGCUCUGUGUUCACAUGUACCGGCGAUGUGCCUGCCUAGCUGUGUGAAAACGGUUCAAAUGGGUUAUCUGAGGGUUAUAGGGCUAACAAGCCUCCAAGUCCCAUCCCACCAUGGUCUAUCUGACCUGGGUUUGUCAGCACCAAUCUAGCUAAGUCAAUAUCAACGCUGCCUGUUCCACCAAUGACUGUUCUGCCACUGUAGCUCCACCACCACCAGUUGACCCUUUUCUCCCUCCUCUUUCAGGGCGUAAAAUUGAUUGUUAUUACAGUAGAGUGAUAGGGGUUUAUUUAUCUUUAUGACUCUGGGGCUUUGUGUCAGGCUCCUCUCCUGGUAAUACCCUAGGUGCAUUGGCAGGCCAUUAAAAGCCUUGAGAAUGAGACAGUCAGGCUUAUAGCUUUUAUGAUAAGGUAACUCACACAUCACUGGAUGCUAUUCUCAACAAUGGGCCCUGAACGACGACAGUAAACUGUAAACUAACCCUAAACUGUUAGGGUAUACUACACUGUGCUGUGCACUGCGGGGGAGAGGAGACCCAUAGCCGAGAUUGUCAUGACCUUCUCGUUGCCCCUACACUGUUCUGCUUUAUAGCCUCUGUGAUGGGGUAGAGUUGAGGAUAUAUAAUAGGCUAUAUGCCACUUAGCAGAUGCUUUUAUCAAAGGAAGCCUGCAAGAAAGCAGUGCACAUUGUUAGUAUGUGUAUGUGAUCCCUGUGGGAAUUGAACCCACGACAUUACCAACUGAGCCACACAUGCCAACUAAUGUGAAUUGUGAUACAUAGGUCAUGAACUCAUUCUACUGCACAAUUGUGAAAGAUUUUACUGAGCAUCUUACAACCCCGUGGGAUUGUGCUUGCUGCCCCAGACUUUUGGUUUUACGAGUCUGUGUUCAAGGGCGAGGCCAGUUUGACCACUGAAGAAUGUUGUGUGUUGUUUUAUUAUAGUUUGGUGUUGGUCCUGCCUCCAGACUCUUGACGUUAGGUCUGUCCUGUCAUUGUCGAGGCAUGCUAUAGCUAGACUCUAACUGGAGGGCAAUGACAGCGAGGUGAGCUUGUGGGGUGUUGUUUAACAGCAGUAGAAGGUGAUACGGACCAGAGACCAGGUGUGAGGUGCAGCUUGGUCAUGUGUGUGUGUGUGUGUGUGUGUGUGUGUGUGUAGUGUAUCUGGGGCUGUAAAUUCCCCGGGGGUUGACAUUUAUGGAUGACCCCUAAGGGUCACAGGUCAGGGGUGUGUGAGGCACACACACACACACACACACAGGUGAGGGGUGUUGGGCUUGUCUUGUGGUCAAACCUUGAACUGUGAAAUUGUCAGAGACCCCUUUCAAACAAUGGAGUUGUAGCACAGCCAGCGUCAGAAUGGAAGACUAUCUAUCAAUGUUUUCCUUUUUUAUGUACUGUGUCUGGUAGAGUGGAAUAAGAAACAUAUGCAUGAAACACAUGAUGAACACAUGGCCAAAAUGGUUUACAUCUUUUGCCAUUGACUUGACUUGAAACUAUGUAUUGAUAGAUUCAGUCAUAAAACUUAAAAGAGUUGUAUAAUUUCUGAAAGAUUGGUGAUGUGAAUUGAAUGUAUAUGGAUUCAGGCAAAUUUCAGAGACGUGACUUGCAAUCCACGGGUGCCACUGCAACACUCUUCCAUGUGUAUUGGCCCUUUGAACCUCUAACCAGUUAGUCAACUUUCUUCCAAUCAAGAUGAGAAGGAAGUCUGACAAUUUCAAUAUCGCCACAUAGCCAAUGUAGAAAUCUACAGUCAGAUUUCCAUAGUUUGUAGAUAUAACAUCCCGUUUAGUGACUUUCUGUUAAAACCACUUAACAAUUUGUAUCUGUUUCUUACCACUAUUCUAUAGAAUUUCUGUAACUGAUGUUUUUCCAACUCAACCUUGUCUUGGCCUGAAUAGCCUGCAGGCAGGAUGCAGAGUUGUCCCUCCCUCUAUAACUUGCUAAUGGGACAGGGGCGGAAGGUCAUUUGUGUCGGUACAAAGGGCUGUGGCCUGCACUGCGACCUGCUGUGUGGUGUGUCAGUGGGGCUCCCCGGCCUUGGCUGCAAUAAUGGCUUUGUCCACAGACACACACACACAGCACACACACACAUGCAAAAGAAAAAGCAUAUACACAAGGUUUAUUUUCAGUGAAAUCAACAAGCAUCCAUAUUAGGAUAAAGCCUGAUGUUUCCCUAACUCUGAGGUGGCUAGGCAUGUGGUGUCCCCCAUAAUGAUGUCCCCAGAGGAGCUAGGAACUUUGUUUAGACAUGGACAGACCUCCAGCCACCACAGAGGAAGCCCAGAGUGACAGUCUCCACAACCUCAGCCUCAACCUGAGGCAAUAGACAACAGGAAGAGCUUCUACACCUUUCACACAUUUCUUUCCGAAGGACGAGAAGGGGACAGAGAGGGAGAGGUCAACUGUCCUGUGAAGUUGGGUUCAAUUUAAUUUCAAUUCAGUCAGGGAGUUUGGAAUUUCAUUUUACUUCCUGAAUUGACUGAAUUCACAUGGAAUUGACCCCAGCCCUGCUGUCGUGCUUGCUCCUAUCGGGUGGAGUUUGUCAGUAGUUCCUUAGCCAAAGGCCAAUGAACAGAGGCAAUACACAAUACUCAACACAUCAUAAAUUCGGUACAAUGGUUCCAGCACAUUUGUCAGUGAACUGGUGCCAAUGUGACCUUUCAACCCUACACAGUUUUCAGAGCUGAAAUUGUAAGCUUAUGAUACUUAGAAAAGUUUAUUAUCCUCUCUCUGUCUAAACUGUCUGACCUCCUACCCACUGAGACAAGCUGAUAAUAAAGCUUCCUUGUGGAAGUGGUUCAUUUGUAUUGAGACUAUAGAGACAACUUCUAUUAUUCUUAUGUAAAGCGCCCCUGUGGAUUGAACCGAGAGUUGCAUUAUUCUGUCUCUGUGAUGGGGUCUUGCUGACGUCAUUGUUGACUGGGACAGGAAGGGAGGACUUUUAGCAGGCAGUCGUUCAGUAUCGUAGGGGACAGGGAGAAGUGGUCAAUGGUCAUGUGAUGGGAAAUGUUUUCUUAGCACACUCAAACUGAGAAAUACAAUGGAAACAACACUGACCACUUUUCUCAGUUCCUGCAACAGUUUAAUAGGGGAAGGAGAGUUAGGAAUGUCAUGUGAGAGCCAUUGUGGCCGUGGGGUUGACCACCAUCAGUCUGGUGGUAACCCAAGCUGUGGCAUUUGUCGCUGAUGUGAUGUGAUGUGAUGUGAUGCGCUCGUCAGGGAAAGAGUUCCUGUGGGGAAGGCUCACUGGUGGUUCUCAUUUUGGUGGUUCUCAUUUGAUGUGUGUUUGAAGUGUGAGAGGAGGGUCACCAAAGGGCGGAGACACCCUGAGACUGGCCCUGCCUCUGAGUGGCUGGGUUAGGGGUUAGGGGGUGGGAAGAGGGGUUUAGGGGAGGAGGGAGAGUGUGGGAGUAGUGGGAUGGUUAUCUGGUUGAACAGCCUCCCACACACACCCUCAAACAGUCCUUUUACACACACAGAACACACGCCUCUCUGGUUUUACAGUCUUUCCCUGCUUUGAUAUGGACUGUGGCUGUGCUGACAGCUCUGGAAUAAGGAGAGAAGGCAGAGGAGGGGGAGCUAGUUUACUGUCCUGGAUGUAGAGGGAGACUGGAGAGAGGAGAGAAGCAGACUCCUGUCUUGGAUUGUGAGCUAUAGUAGUGGGAGACUGGAGAGGGGGCUGAGCCAGCAGAAGCUGAAAGAGGAGAGGUUGCUGUCCUGGAUUUUUGAGCUACAAUAGAGGGAGAUUGAAAGAGGAGAGGCUGAGCCGAGAGACAUGUAGCCCAGAGCCAGUGGAGAAUAACGGACAGGAUUGAGUAGUGAUCAGAGCCUGCUCAGGAGAGCUUUCUGCACAGAGGUAAGACCACUAAGGGCUCUGCCAAAUGAAUUUUACAGUAGUGGAUGAAAAAAAUCAGAUUUUCAAUGGCAUGUAUCCUAGUUGUACCGGUAUGGCAGAAAAAAUACAUUUUGGGAUAUUUUGUCAUUUUUAAAUGUCUCACACUUAGCAGUGACUUCUAGGUUUCAACUGGAUUUAAAUAGUGAUUUGAACUGUUUUAUUGGUAAGAUGGUUAAAACAAUUUUUUUUUACUCUGUCCCUUCUUUUUAGGGAAAAAAUGCUUUAAUAUGCAUGCAUUCUAAGUGGUAUGCUAGUAUGGACAUUGGUAAUGGAAAUGUAGGCAUACUGAGUCUGAGAUGUUGGGUCCUGUAAUGCUAUAUGAAUUUGAUCCGUAGUGUGGUUGAUGUUGAGCUAGCUGUGUGGCAGCAGCAUGUGUGUUGAGAACCGGGUGCAGGCCAGGCAGGCUGUCGCGUGCAGGUGGUCCCUCUCACAGUGCAUGGCAGGCAGGGUUAGAAGUUCCCUCUCUCACACCCAUUUGAUCUUGGAAUAACACCCCCCUGCGAUGGCGGGAGGCACAGAGGUCAGCCAAACUGUAGCCUGCCAGGAACUCUUUGAUAUGUGACAGACAGGGUUGUGAGAAACUCCUAUUUUAAAGUUGAUGUCAAUCGUAUUCUCGUGGUAUUUUCCAGAUUACUUUUUGUAAAAUAAUUUGGACAGUUCUUUCUGCUCAUGGUUUCGGUACAUUGGAUAGUUGGAUAAUAUAUGUAUUGGAUGACAAGUUUUUAUUUAAUGUGAAAAAAUUGCAUGACAGAGUUGAUUCACAAAGAUCCAAUUGUUUCAAAUCUGAAAUAUUUGUACAUUUUCAGAAUGGUUUGUAUGUAGGCUUGUGUUUCUUUAUUUAAGUGCCAGGUAUCGUACAAGGGGCUGGUUUUAUGAAGUGCCAGCAGGUGACAAGUUGUAAUCUGAGUGCACGUGUUCAUUGGAUUUGAAAUAAUCUGUUCCGCACAUCUUGACUAGAGAAACAUCUUGUUCGACAGACAGAGAAAAACAGACUUGUCUGAAUAUGAACUGGAGAACCUGAGACUUUUGAACUGAAUAUAUUGUUUUCUCUCCAAGUAGACCUAGGGUCCAUCCUAAAUGACACCAUAUUCCCUAUAUAGUGCACUACUUUUAAAUAGGGAAUAGGGUGUCAUUUGGGAUGCACUAGACCCUAUCCAGAAUGAGUCUGUGGAUGAGUCUGUGCUGAAUCAAACACGUACAGUCCAGAUCCACUGACAGAGAGCCACGUGUGAUCAGUGUGUUUGUUGGGUUGUGGGAUUGUCCAUCACGCAUCUCUUUGAAGAAUUAAGACAGUAAUUCAGACCAGCAGCUGGUUAUUUUCCCUCUUCUUCUCACAAAGGUUGUUCAUCUAUUGUAGGAGAUUAGUAGUGUGCAUAUUUACACAAUAGUGUCUAUAUUUGGAGGACACCAUUCAAUCAAUGAGUUUAGAUGGGAAAUGUCAUUGAACUGAGUGGUUGCCAAACAUGACUCAUGGUUUAAAUCAUCUUGCGGGACUGCCACUUCACUAAAUCUGCAGAGAACAUGAAGCAUAUCUCAGGACACUUGUGGUAUCCCCUCUCUAUGCUGGCUGUAGGGCAGCAGUACAUCCCCUGUCAUUUUCCUCAUACCAUGACUGAGGUUUCCUCUUCAUUGUAAUUCAUAGCGCAUUUAGCAUUUCCAUAGGAGUCAAUAGUCACUGGUUGCUCCAGCAUGGUCUACCUCUAACCUGUCUUGAAUGUUUAACAGCCUUUGUAAAGAUGCUUGUUAACAUGGCUUUACUUUGGGAGCAUCAGAUGCAUAUCUGACUGAUUUGCCAACACAGAGACCUCGUAGCCCCUAGCCGGGAGGGACUGGGUGGGAGGCGAGCGAGCGGGCGAGAGGGGGGCACAGGAACUAACCACAAGUCCCUUGUAUGAGCUAUCUUUUCAACUCAGCCCGUAGAGGUUUGAGAGUUUGUCAGAAUUCAGUGUGGGUACGAUGGUUCCAGUCAGUCAGUAGAUUGAAACAAAGUUGGCUGACAUCUGAGGUGAGAAUUAGCAUACUUGCAGAUGUGGUUCAGGGAAAGGCAUUGCUAAACACAUGAGGUAUUGUCUCAGUAUCCUGUAUUCAUGUUUCACCUAUCUGGAUCAAGCUAUAUCUCAGACUUGACAUUCUUCUGAGGGAGGUUCUGCUCUGAGAGAUCAGUGAAGAGAGAAAACAUCUCUCUCAUUCUCUCUCUCCCUCUCUUUCUCUCUAAUGUAAGUCAUAUGUAUCCCCCACCUUCUUCAUAAAGCUACUCUGCUCUACUCUCUGGCUGAACUUUCUCUAUAGUUAGCCUCGAUCUCCCCUGAAACAUCCAACCCACUACACUCUCGCUCCUCAAACAAGGCCACAUUUUAAAAGUUAUUUCAGUCUCAUUUGCAAGUCAAUAGAUAUGAAUAGAACAAGAAGUGUCUUCUUUCGCACCUCUGACUGAAGACAGGUUAUUUUUGUUUGAAAGACUCUAACCACCAUGAAUGCAGCAGAGAUAACAGAGAUCAUCUUCAGGAGAGGAGGGGGGGGGACACACAGAGAGGGAGAGACACUAGAGAUAACCAGGCUCUUGAUGUAACAUGCCUUCCACAGUUGAUUCACUAUGAAAGGCUCUAUUGUUGAAGCUGCUUCGCAAGGUGUUUUAUGUGGGAGGUGUCUGUCGUACCAACCCCACCUGCCUGACUUGACAGCUCCUAGCAUAAUGCAGACAUGCAUCAUGGUACAACGCUGAAGCAUCCACUUCUACAGGCAUCAUCCAUCAUGCUCGUGUCUGAGUGGAUGCCCUGUGUGUGUCUUGUUGUGUGUGAGCAGCCUUGUGGAAGGCAGGCAUGCCAGUUGUUGGCAUGAGUGAGAUAUGGGUUAUUGGGAGGGUGGGAUUGUGUUCAGGCAGGCAGGCAGGCAGGCUGUCCUUAAGUGGAGUGUUGUUCUGUGGGUAUGAAUAGCUGUUUGGUAGCAGCCUGUCUGCCUGCCCUGUGUUGGGCAGUUAAUCACUCAUUCCUCAGGUCCAGGCACUAUGCAUGCGGACUGUGCUACACUGUGUGUGUGUGUGUGAGAGAACCACACACUCUCAGGUAUGCAUGCAUAUAUGGCAUUCUGAGAGAGAGAGAGAGAGAGAGAGAGGGGGGUUCUGGCCAACUACUGUCACGCCUGACUUCUUCAAAGGCACCAGUCAAGUGUGGCUGGUUUUCUCAGCUGUGUCCCCCACAGCCCUCCCCAGCCCUGUGUGCCCUGCCCAGCCGUGGGGGGUGGAGGCAGGGGUACAAGGGGGGUGUGCUGACCACUGGCUGGGGAGGGCUGUGAAGUCUCACAGUCAGAGCUGUAGAGCUGUGGCCCUUCUUUUGAGAAAUGGUCACAACUGCCUAUUCAUUUACCCCAUGCCUGUAUUUACAUUUAAGUCAUUUAGCAGACGCUCUUAUCCAGAGCGACUUACAAAUUGGUGCAUUCAACUUAGGAUUGCCAGUGGGACAACCACCCUUUUUUAUGGGGGGUGGGGGGGGGGGUGGAAGGAUUACUGUCAUACAAGGCCUUUCAGCAUGGCUUGUACAGCUCAGAGUAGAAUUCGUAUAGUAUGUAGUGGGAGUAGUAGUAGUAGUAGUAGUGGUCGUCAUCGCCGUUGUAGUAUUAGUAGAACUGUACUACUUGAACGUUGUAUGCCCAAUAAAUGUGUUUUCCUUCCACCCUUACAGAGCAAAAAUGUAUUGUAUGUCAAAGCUGUUUUGUCAUUCCUCUCUUGAAAUGUAGGCUACACUCAAAGAACUGAGGAGGUCCUGAAACCUGCUGCCUCAGCUCAGUGAUUCCAGUGACAUGACAGAGUAGUCCCCUUGCAUUUCCACUUCUCAAUGUAUCUCCCUAGACACACACUGCUGUCCUGUGUGGCUGGUCAGCUGUGUGUAUGUGUGGGUGUGUGUGGGACUGUGGGUGUGUGUGUGUGUUUUGUGUGUGCAUGCGUGUGAGCGCUUGCGUGCGUGUGCUGGGUCAGCGUCGGGGUGAGUCAUUCUUUGAUCCAUCUGCCCUAUUUCUAUCUGUCCAUGUCAGGGUCCACUCUUCUGUCCCCAUCUUUCCAUUCAUCCAUCCGUCCCGCUCUUCCUCACCUGUCUGACAGACAGCGCCCUGACCUCCCAUGAGUCCCCUCUGUCUCUUCCCUCUAUCCAUUCCAAAGAUGAAAGGAUGAUCAGAGAGACAGACAGACACCCUCUUCUCUCUCUCGCUGUGGCAGGUUGAAAAACAAACAGCCGAGGAGAAGAGGGGAGGGAAGGAAAGAAAAAGGAGAGAGAGAGAGAGAGGGGCAAAGAGCAGGGGCUUUGGACAUUCCCCAUAUGGCACUGGGAUCCACAGGGAGUUGUGCAUCCUGGGUACUGUUGUUUUAUACAGAGCUACAGCUACAGUGAUGAACCCUUUAUCUUAAGAUCUUACAUCCCAUAUGUUAGCCUCCUAUAGAGCGAUACGUCGAUGUAUGAAAUCAAAUCAAAUUUAAUAAUAAUAAUAAUAAUAUGCCAUUUAGCAGACACGUUUAUCCAAAGCGACUUACAGUCAUGCGUGCAUACAUUUUUGUGUAUGGGUGGUCCCGGGGAUCGAACCCACUACCUUGGCGUUACAAGCGCCGUGCUCUACCAGCUGAGCUACAGAGGACCACAGGUCACAUGAUAGGUCACAUGCUUUGUUAACAACAGGUGUAGACUAACAGUGAAAUGCUUACUUACGGCCCUUCCCAGCAAUGUAGAGAGAAAAAAUUUGAAAAAAUAAAUACACAUCGAGUAACGAUAACAUGGCUAUAUACACAGGGUACCAGUACCGAGUCGAUGUGCAGGGGUACGAGGUAAUUGAGGUAGAUAUGUACAUAUAGGUAGGGAUAAAGUGACUAGGCAAGAGGAUCGAUAAUAAACAGUAACAGCAGCGCAUGUGAUGAGUCAAAAUAGUUUGUGCAAAAAGGGUCAAUGCAGAUAGUUAAAUAGUUAACCAAUAGCUACCCAGACUAACUAUUUAGCAGUCUUAUGGCUUGGGGGUAGAAGGUGUUGAGUGUCCUGUUGGUUCCAGAACGCUUGCCGUGCGGUAGCAGAGCGAACAGUCUAUGACUUGGGUGACUGGAGUCUUUGAAAAUUUUUAGGGCCUUCCUCUGACACCGGUCCUGGAUGGCAGUGAGCUCGGCCCCAGUGAUGUACUUGGCCUUACGCACUACCCUCUGUAGCGCCUUGCGGUCGGAUGCCAAGCAGUUGCCAUACCAAGCGGACCAUGAUAAUUCCUUAGUGAUGUGGACACCGAGGAACUUGAAGCUCUCGACCUGCUCCACUACAGCCCCGUCGAUGUGGAUGGAGGCGUGCUCGGCCCUCCAUUUCCUGUAGUAUACGAUCAGCUCCUUUGUCUUGCUGACGUUGAGGGAGAGGUUGUUGUCCUGGCACCACUGCCAGGUCUCUGACCUCCUCCCUGUAGGCUAUCUCAUCGUUGUCGGUGAUCAGGCCUACCACCGUAGAGUCGUCUGAAAACGUCAUGAUGGUGUUGGAGUCGUGCACGGCCACGCAGUCGUGGGUGAACAGGGAGUACAGGAGGGACCUAAGCACACACCCCUGAGGGGCCCCCAAGUUGAGGGUCAGCGUGGCGGAUGUGUUGUUGCCUACCCUCACCCACUGGGGGUGGCCAGUUAGGAAGGCCAGGAUCCAGUUGCAUAGGGAGGUGUUUAAUCCCAGGGUCCUUUACUUAGUGAUGAGUUUGGAGGGAACUAUGGUAUUGAAUGCUGAGCUGUAGUCAAUGAACAGCAUUCCCACAUAGGUGUUCCUUUUGUCCAGGUGGGAAAGGGCAGUGUGGAGUGCAAUAGAGAGUGCGUCAUCUGUGGAUCUGUUGGGGUGGUAUGCAAAUUGGAGUGGGUCCAGAAUGUCUGGGAUGAUGGUGUUGAUGUGAGCCAUGACCAGCCUUUCAAAGCAUUUCAUGGCUACAGAGGUGAGUGCUACAGGGCGAUAGUCAUUUAAACAGGUUACCUUGGCGUUCGUGGGCACAGGGACUAUGGGGGUCAGCUUGAAACAUGUAGGGAGAGGUUGAAAAUGUCUGUGAAGACACUUGCCAGCUGGUCAGUGCAUGCUCUGAGUACGCAUCCUGGUAAUCCGUCUGGCCCUGCGGCCUUGUGAAUAUUAACUCACAUCGGCUACGGAGAGCGUGAUCACACAGUCGUCCGGAACAGCUGGUGCCCUCAUGCAUGGUUCAGUGUUGCUAGCCUCGAAGCAAGCGUAGAAAUAAUUUAGCUCGUCUGGUAAACUCGGAUCACUGGACAGCUUGUAAUCCGUGAUAGUUUGCAAACCCUGCCACAUCCGACGAGCAUUAGAGCCAGUGUAGUAGGAUUCAAUAUUGGUGCUGUAUUGAUGCUUUGCCUGUUUGAUGGUUCGUCAGAAGGUGUAGCGGGAUUUCUUAUAAGCAUCCGGGUUAGUGUCCCGCUCCUUGAAAUCGGCAGCUCUAGCCUUUAGCUCAGUGCGGAUCUUGCCUGUAUUCCAUGGGUUCUGGUUGGGAUAUGUACGUACGGUCACUGUGGGGACGACAUCGUCAAUGCACUUAUUAAUGAAGCCGGUGAUUGAUAUGCCUUAAUGCCAUCGGAUGAAUCCCGGAACAUAUUCCAGUCUGUGCUAGCGAAAUAGUCCUGUAGCUUAGCAUCCGCUUCAUCUGACCACUUCAGUCAUCUGGUACUGGUACAUCCUGUUUGGGUUUUUGCUUGUAAGCAAGAAUCAGGAGGAUAGAGUUAUGGUCAGAUUUGCCAAAUGAAGGGCGAGGGAGAGCUUUGUAUGUGUGUCUGUGUGUGGGGUAAAGGUGAUCUAGAGUUUUUUUUCUUCUAGUUGCACAGGUGACAUGCUGGUAGAAAUGAGGUAAAACGGAUUUCAGUUUUCCUGCAUUAAAGUCACUGGCCACUAGGAGCGCUGCCUCUGGGUUAGCAUUUUCUUGUUUGCUUAUGGCCCGAUACAGCUCGUUGAGUGCGGUCUUAGCAUCGAUUUGUGGUGGUAAAAAUAUAGAUGGUAAAUCUUUUGGUAAAUAGUAUGGUCUACAGCUUAUCAUGAGGUAUUUUAACUCAUGCUAGCGGAACCUCAAGACUCCAGAAGCUCUUUGCGGUCAUAAGAAACGAUGGCGGAAACAUUAUGUACAAAAAAAGUAAAGAUUAGCACAAAAAAACUACACAAACUAGAACAAUUGGUCAGGAGCUGCCACUAUUCCCUCUAGCGCCAUUCUUCAGCUGGAGAGAAUAUUCCCUAGAUAGUGCACUACUUUUAAACAGGGCUCAUAGAGUUCUGGUCAAAAGUACUACAAAAUAUACUGUAGUGUGCCAUUUGGGAUGCAGCCAUAGCUUUAGCCUUACAUAUGUUAGCCUCAGUCAUGUAGAGACAUAGCGCCAUGAUGAGCUACACUGAGUGUACAAAACAUUAAGAACACCUUCCUAAUAUUGAGUUGCACCCCCUCCCCCCUUUUGCCCUCAGAACAUCCUCAAUUCGUCGGGGUAUGGACUCUACAAGGUGUUGAAAGCGUUCCACAGGAAUGCUGGCCCAUGUUGACUCCAAUGCUUCCCACAGUCUCCUGAGUGGCGCAGUUGUCUAAGGCACUGCAUCGCAGUGCUAGCUGUGCCACUAGAGAUCCUGGUUCGAAUCCAGGCUCUGUCGCAGCCGGCCGCGACCGGGAGACUCAUGGGCAGCGCACAAUUGGCCUAGCGUUGUCCAGGGUAGGGGAGGGAAUGGCCGGCAGGGAUGUAGCUCAGUUGAUAGAGCAUGGCGUUUGCAACGCCAGGGUUGUGGGUUCGAUUCCCACGGGGGACCAGUAUGAAAAAAAACAAAAAACAUAUGUAUUCACUAACUGUAAGUCGCUCUGGAUAAGAGCGUCUGCUAAAUGACUAAAAUGUAAUGUAAAUGUAAGUUGUCUGGAUGUCCUUUGGGUGGUGGACCAUUCUCGAUACACACGGGAAACUGUUAUGCGUGAAAACCCAGCAGCGUUGCAGUUCUUGACACAAACCGGUGCGCCUGGCACCUACUACCAUACCCUGUUCAAAGUCACUUACAGUGCAUUCGGAAAGUAUUCAGACCCCUUGACUUUUUUCACAUUUUGUUACGUUACAGCCUUAUUCUAAAAUGGAUUAAAUAAAUAAAAAUCCUCAUCAAUCUACACACAAUACCCCAUAAUGACAAACCGAAAACAGGUGUUUAGAAAUGUUUGCUAAUUUAUAAAAAAUUUAAUAAAACGUAUUUACAUAAGUAUUCAGACCCUUUGCAAUGAGACUCGAAAUUGAGCUCAGGUGCAUCCGGUUUCCAUUGAUCAUCCUUGAGUCCACCUGUGGUAAAUUCAAUUGAUUGAACAAGAUUUGGAAAGGCACACGCCUGUCUAUAUAAGGUCCCACAGUUGUCAGUGCAUGUCAGAGAAAAAACCAAGCCAUGAGGUCGUAGGAAUUGUCAGUAGAGCUCAGAGACAGGAUUGUGUCGAGGCACAGAUCUGGGGAAGGGUACAAAAACAUUUCUGUGGCAUUGAAGGUCCCCAAGAACACAGUGACCUACAUCAUUCUUAAAUGGAAGAAGUUUGGAACCACCAAGACUCUUCGUAGAGCUGGCUGCCUGGCCAAAAUGAGCAAUUGGGGGAGAAGGGCCUUGGUCAGGGAGGUGACCAAGAACCCGAUGGUCACUCUGACAGAGCUCCAGAGUUCCUCUGUGGAGAUGGGAUUAAUCUUCCAGAAGGACAACCAUCUCUGCAGCACUCCACCAAUCAGGCCUUUAUGGUAGAGUGGCCAGAUGGAAGCCACUCCUCAGUAAAAGGCACGACAGCCCACUUGGAGUUUGCCAAAAGGCACCUAAAGGACUCUGACCAUGAGAAACAAGAUUCUCUGGUCUGAUGAAACCAAGAUUGAACUCUUUGGCCUGAAUGACAAGCGUCAUGUCUGGAGGAAACCUGGCACCAUCCAUACAGUGAAGCAUGGUGUUGGCAGCAACAUCCUGUGGGGAUGUUUUUCAGUGGCAGGGACUGGGAGACUAGUAAGGAUCGAGGGAAUGAUGAACGGAGCAAAGUACAGAGAGAUCCUUGAUGAAAACCUGCUCCAGAGCACUCAGGACCUCAGACUGGGGUGAAGGUUCACCUUCAAACAGGACAACGACCCUAAGCACACAGCCAAGACAAUGCAGGAGUGGCUUCGGGACAAGUCUCUGAAUGUUCUUGAGUGACCCAGCCAAAGCCCAGACUUUAAUCCUAUCUAACAUCUCUGGAGAGACCUGAAAAUAGCUGUGCAGCGACGCUCCCCAUCCAACCUGACAGAGCUUGAGAGGAUCUGCAGAGAAGAAUGGGAGAAACUCCCCACAUACAAGUGAAACGAAGCUUGUAGCGUCAUACCCAAAAAGACUAGAGUCUGUAAUAGCAGCCAAAGGUGCUUCAACAAAGUACUGAGUAAAAUGUCUGGAUACUUAUGUAAAUGUGAUAUUGACAUUUAUAAAAACCUGUUUUUGCUUUGUCAUUAUGGGGUGUUGUGUGUAGAUUGAUGAAGGAAUUUUUUUUUUUUUUAUACAUUUUUGAAUAAGGCUCUAUUGUAACAAUGUGGAAAAAGUUAAGGGGUCUGAAUACUUUCCGAAUGCACUGUAUAUCUGUUGUCUUGCCCAUUCACCCUCUGAAUGGCACACAUACACAAUCCAUGUCUGAAUUGUCUCGAGGCUUAAAAAUCAUUAUUUAACCUGUCUCCUCCCCUUCAUCUAUACUGAUUUGAAGUGGAUUUAACAAGUGGCAUCAAUAAGGGAUCAUAGCUUUCACAUGGAUUCACCUGGUCAGUCUAUGUCAUGGAAAAAGCAGGUGUUCUUAAUGUUUUGUACACUCAGUGUAUAACUCAUCUGUCUUUGAAGCAUGUGCUGUACAGAUAAGGUGAUAAGGUGAGAUUUUAAUGUGUGAGCCUGCUAGGUCUGGUUUUGCUCUCACGUCUGUGCUGGAAGGAAAAGUAAUUACAGUAUGAAGAUGGAAUGUGCAGUCCAUUGUCGAUGUAGAAUUCAGGUACUUUAUUAAAAGCAGUCUGUAAAGGUCUCACAACAAUUGAAGACAUCACCUCAUAAAAUAAACUUGCAAUAUGUGGGAAUUUUAUAAUGGUUCUCGACCCAAGCCACAUGAGGGGGAUACAUCAUGAUGAAACACUGCCAUAAUGGCAAAAAUAGUGAAUCGUAAAGGCAAAUCGUAACCAGAAAAACUUAAGUGUUACCUCAGCGCCUUUCGGGGAAAACAUCCCACAUGAAAGUGGUGGUAAAGUGACUCGGUGACUGCUGAGAAUGAGAUUACUGGAACGAUUUGGGGGGGGGGAGGAGGUUCAGCAUGUUUUCUAGCAACUAUAGUGGAUGCAUUACCAGUCCAUAUCAGUACAGCUUGGUUUGGCUCGGCUCGGCUCAGUAGUGUGAAAAGCUUAUACUUUCACCCUGAAGUAACACAUCCCUCUCUCUUUCUCUCUCCUUCUUUCUCUCUGCAGUAGAAGGCGUGGUGUGUGAUGAACCUGGAGAGUGCGUGUGGUUACCAGGCCGGGGUGCGGGGCCCACGGGCUGUGAUGGAGCAGAAGGUCAAAGGUCAGCUGAACUAUGGCUUCCAGAGGAGCUCCACGUCAGACGACGACUCCGGCUGUGCCUUGGAGGAGUACGCCUGGGUACCGCCUGGCCUCAGACCAGAACAGGUGAGACGUGCCAAAAUCUACACAACACCCCCAGUUCUAAUAAAUGCCCCUUAUAUGCACUCACUAACUGUAAGACUCAAAUGUAAAUAUUCAACACUAAAUGGCACUAAUAUGUCACAUAUGCAAUACAACUGCUGUUCCCCUGUUCCACAAAAUGACACAAAGUAGUAUGUGAUGAUUACUAGUGGGAAUUGAACCCACAACCUUGCCGUUUCUAGUGUCAUGCUCUUAUCAACUGAGCCACAUUAGACCAUAGAAGGACCCAGAAGCAGAUUCGCUUGUUUAGAGAGGAGCUGAAAAAUGCCACAGUAGCUUUCUCUGUCAUUAUUCUCCUUGUCAUAACUCCAUUAGGUAAGUUACCAGGCCUCCUCAGGUUAUUGGGGUGGUGGGCAGUGCAGGGGGAGGGCUUGCCGUAUGCUUGUCAACCUGAAGCAGGACAAAGCUGCAUGUCUUUAACUGUUUAACUGUCACCAUGGCACUUUGACCCUUGGGGCCACUGGGCUGGUUACUACUUUGCCCCUCGGGGCCGUUGACCACCACUGAAGGCUACUUUACGAGGGAGGGUCAUUACAGACACCAGAUAAAAAGGUGGGAUGUUCUUGUCUCCUGUUUAGAGGGGGCUUCCUGCUGCUCGGCCAGUCUAGGGGGGGCGGCAAUUUACCCCCACAAUCUAUUGCCCCCUAUAUCCACCUCCGCAGGCCAGGGGUUACAGAACAGUACACUGACUGACACCCUUCCUCCAGGGCUGUGUGUUUCUCCAUUGUAGUGAUCACCCCAUAAUGUGCACUACAGGGCCGUUCCACAGAAUAGCUGCUGUAAAGGCAUUACAGUUAACCCACGCAUUUACACACAAAAGGGGAGGAUUUAGAGCCAGGGGUCUCCUGUUGCUUCGGUCCCUUCUCUCCCCCCAUCACCCUUCAUUGCUUCCACGUAUGCUGUUUAAAGGGAGGGAGAGGGGGAUAGAGUAAGGGAAGGAGGCCUCCCCGGUACUUGGGAGAGUGCCACAUAACACAAGUGGACUCUGUUUGUGUCGAGGCCCGCUCCAAGCUGAGCCCUGAUGUUGCCAGCAACCAGCAGGACGAGGUGGGCAAUGGGGCCUGAUCCACUACUAAAGGCCUCCUCCAGCAUCUGAUCUGCCAGAUCUCUACUAAUCACUAGCAGACUUUUCCAUGCCAGAGUGUGUAAAUAGAAAUAUACACUUCCUGUCUCUAAGUGGCUUUGGGGUGGUGCUUGACAAGUCUGUCUGUCUCACAAGAAAAAGGAGCCCGCGCUGUGAUCACUUUUAGGGUAGGGACACACAAAUGCACGCACGCACCCACCCACUGCACGUACAUACACACACGCAGCCCAUUAUCCAGGGACAGGCUGGGUAGGUAUAUUAUCAUUCCUAAUGUACUGAAAAACAACUAUCUGGGCCAUUGAAAUAGGUUAAGAGAAAUAUGUGAAGGUGCUCUUCUUUCAACAGGGAACUAGAAAAAGGUCAGGGCUGUUUUUAUGUUCAUUUGACUUUCAUGUUACUUCACAGUAUAGGCAACCUUCCAGGCUAAUUUGUUUGUGUGGGAGGUGGAAGCAUGGCGCUACCAACGCCAAGGUUCAAUUCUCACAAGGACCAAACACACAUACUAAAAGAAAGAUGUGUUUGUUACUGUCUCUAACAUCUCUCUUCUGCUGUCUGUGGUCCAGGUGCAGCUGUAUUUCUCCUGUCUGCCUGAGGACAAGGUUCCUUAUGUUAACAGUCCUGGAGAGAAGUUCAGAAUCAAACAACUCCUGUAUCAACUGCCUCCACAUGACAAUGAGGUAAGAGAUGGACCCCAAAGAGUGUGUGUGUAUGUGCAUGCAUGGGUGUGUGUGUGUGUAGUUCAUAAACGGUGUGUGUCUAUACUCUGUGGGUGUAAUAAAAUGCAUCCCAGCGAGCCCUUUCAUUAAAGGCAUCGUAACAGGGCAGGUCUCACAGAAGGACUGCACCCAUUUUCCCAAAGUUCAUCCUUCCCGUCCCCUUUCUCUGACUCAAUGUUGUUUGAAGAGCUGUGUCCGACCCUUGUCCUUCCCUGCCUUUUAGUUAACCUCUGUUUAAGACCACCUUACCACAUACCAGGGUUGGUGUCAAUUCCAUUUAAAUUCAGACUAGAAAUAAACUUAAAGUCCAAUUCUCCAAGCAAUGAGAAAAUGUAAUUUGACUUCCAAUUGACUGAGUUAAAAUGGAAUUGACCCCAUCCCUGUCACCUAUAGCUUCAUGCCAUUCUGCUCAUGCGUGGGAUGACUUGGCAUUCACGUUGGCAGCAUCACAGAGUUUUUAGUCCCUUGGUCCCACACUGGGUCACAGACUGAAAUGGCGUGGGCACAAUACGUCUUUUGACUUGAUGAUUUUAUAAUGUUUGCUGGGAGCCCCUGCUAGCAGGAUUCCUGUCAUAGCUGUGGUCUUUAUGGGGACAGAACUGUGGGACGGGGGAUGCUGCUGAAAGAGAAAGUCUUUGUGUGCCACCACCACCACCACCACUAACAGUUGCACCACUGCCUGAGCUGCCAGGGCUGCCUACCCUGCGUCUCUUUGUUGCCUGCCCUCUCGUGAUUUCACUCUGAACACAACCCUUGUUUGUGUAAACUGUAAAUGUCUGCUUUCCCUUGUUAGCGGUUUAGGAGGGAGACAUCAAAAAGGGGUGUUAAAAAAUACAAUAAAAGGGUUCUCAGUCAGAGCUAAGCCAGGCUUAGGGUGGAGGUUUGGGGAUGACGGAGGUGGAGGGCUUUGUUGAACAUGCCCUUGAAUGCAGCUCAGCUCCAGCUCAACUCUCUCCCUCUGUCUUAUGAUGAUUGAAGGACUGAUCUGUGUGUUUUACUAAAACACUAAAAUACCUAUUUCCUCCUAGUUUGACUUGAUGUCGACUCCACUCCCUCAUGUUGGUUGUCACUCUUUGUUCUGUUUGUGUUGUACAAUAAAAGCCCACUUUCCCUGUGUUUGACUGUUUCUUCUCUCUCUCCCUCCCUCCCUCCCUCCCUCCCUCCCCCUCCCUCCCUCCCUCCCUCCCUCCCUCCCUCCCUCCCUCCCUCCCUCCCUCCCUCUCCCUCCCUCCCUCCCUCCCUCCCUCUCUCUCCCCCGUCCCUCCCUCCCUCUCUCUCCCCCCUCCCUCUCUCCCUCUCUCUCCCCCUCCCUCUCUCCCCCUCCCUCUCCCCCCCUCUCUCUCCCCCUCUCUCUCCCCCUCCCUCUCCCCCUCCCUCUCUCUCCCCCCGUCCCUCCCUCCCUCUCUCUCCCCCUCCCUCCAGGUGCGGUACUGCCAGUCUCUCAGUGAGGAGGAGAAGAAGGAGCUCCACAUGUUCAGUGUCCAGAGGAAGAAGGAGGCGCUGGGGAGGGGCUCCCUCAAACUGCUGCCUCAGGCCCUGCUAAACAGCGUCUGUGAACAUGUACGUCCCCGCUCUCCCUCUCUCACGCCAUCACUCACCUUACCUCAGUCCCAAACAGGAACACACUGAUCCAUAUUACUCAAGUAACUUACGUAUACUAUUGAGAAGCGGAUAACAGAGAGAUGUAGCCUGUUGUUUAUCCCAUUGUGAAUAUAAGGCUACAACACAGACAAAGAUAUGAAGCUCCAUGUCAGAGAUCCCUAAACGUCUGCUGGAUUUUCAGCCAUGCAGUCUAUAAUCUAAAAAAGCCUCUCAGUUGUUUGGAGAGUAGUUAGAAGGUUGGCUGACUGUACUGCGCUCUGCUGUGCUCGCUCCAUGUUCAGAGUUUUAUUUAGUGAAUUUACAAAUGGGUCCUGAGCAGCCUGGGGUUGACCAUUAAACCUUGUCAAAACACAGCUCUCUGGUGGCUCUCCCUCCAGUCAACUUCACUCACUCCACUCCAAGAUAAAGUCUGUUUUCUCAUCAGCACUGACGCUUGCUCACUGCCUGCUUUAGCUUUUGCCGUGUGUAAGUACUGUGUGUGUGUGUGUGUGAGAGCGAGAGAGAGAGAGAGAGAGAGAGAGACUGUGUAUAUGUGUGUAUGAGUGGAGUCCCAGUGUUAAAAGCAAGGCCUGUGUCCCCACAUGGCAAACAGAGACAAACAAACAAGAACCUGACCGCAGUGGGACCAGAGUGGACCACAGUUAGCCCAACGGUCAUAAUUCCCAUAAUAACACCAGAUGCCAUGUUCUGUACUGACGCGGUCUCACAGAUGGAAGGGAAUUGGCCACGUCUCUCAACCCCCCUUUUCUCCCCAGCAUGGCAUGGGGACAAGGAGGCUUAGUGGCCAUAUGACACCCUAGCAGUGUUGGGAAGCUACUCUGAAAAUACUGUAUAGUUUAACAAGCUGCCAAUUACACUGGAAUAAGUUAAGCUACCCUUUACUUAGCUAAAGUUACUUUGAAAAAGUAGUUCACUACAUCCAAACUACUUUGUGAUAAAUUAUCAUAUCUAAAUCCGAAAUGUCAGACUACAAAUUGCAGAACAGAUCACUCUGGAGUUAAAUGCUAACAGAAUGUGUAAUUUAGCCUAUUAAACACAAAAACUAUGUUUCAAGUGAGAAUUAUGCAGAUAUGAUGCUAAAACAAAAGGAAAUUCCUUCUCCAACCAGAUUUUAUUUUUGUAAAAUAAGUAGUGUUACAUGACAGAAAAGUAAUUAACUACUGAAAAGACUACAUUUGAAUUUAGUUCAACUACCACCAAGCUACAGCAAAAUGUAAUUAAAUUACUAGUUGAACUACAUGUAGUUCACUACUCCCCAACACUGCACCCUAGUUAGUAUCCAGGGUAGAGCCUAUGCUGUAGGAUAUGAUAGAAAGGAUAGGCCACAACUACACAGUCCAGACUGGAGGUUACAGAAGCAGGGCAUUUAGCCAUAAAUGAGGACAUGUGGCAGUCAACCACACAUUGAAUUAGUAAUGGGAUUCAUGUUUUCAAAAUGUCAGCACUUUGACAUUUAAAAAUACAAUAUGCAAUUUUUACUGGUCUUGAAUGGUCAUUUCAAUUAAAUGUAUACCGAUUUAAUUCUAGAUGAAAAAUUACGUAUAAUAAUUUUAUGAGCUUAGUACAAUACUACUGUAUACAAUCUCUAGUUUGAGAGUGAAACUCUGUUCCUAUCCGUGUUGUUGUUUUUAUUACAGUGUGGGGAGAGCGUCAACGGUGGUGAGAUGGCGGUGUUUGCCUCCAGAGCGGGUCCUGGGCUGGUCUGGCACCCAGCAUGCUUUGCGUGCUCCAUGUGUAGCGAACUGCUGGUGGACCUCAUCUACUUCUACCAGGACGGAAAGAUCCACUGUGGCCGACACCACGCUGAACUGCUCAAACCACGAUGCUCAGCCUGCGACGAGGUGAGACGUUUGUGGGUGUGAAGAGCCACUGUGGCGCACACCAUGCAUUGCUCCUAAAACCACGCCAGGUCGGAAUCGAACUCACACCAACACUUGCAUACAGUGAGGGAAAAAAGUAUUUGAUCCCCUGCUGAUUUUGUACGUUUGCCCACUGACAAAGAAAUUAUCAGUCUAUAAUUUUAAUGGUAGGUUUAUUUGAACAGUGAGAGACAGAAUAUCAACAAAAUAUUCAAGAAAAACACAUGUCAAAAAUGUUAUAAAUUGAUUUGCAUUUUAAUUAGGGAAAUAAGUAUUUGACCCCUCUGCAAAACAUAACUUAGGUCAGACAUUUUCUUGCAGUUGGACACCAGGUUUGCACACAUCUCAGGAGGGAUUUUGUCCCACUCCUCUUUGCAGAUCUUCUCCAAGUCAUUAAGGUUUCGAGGCUGACGUUUGGCAACUAGAACCUUCAGCUCCCUCCACAGAUUUUCUAUGGGAUUAAGGUCUGGAGACUGGCUAGGCCACUCCAGGACCUUAAUGUGCUUCUUCUUGAGCCACUCCUUUGUUGCCUUGGCCGUGUGUUUUGGGUCAUUGUCAUGCUGGAAUACCCAUCCACGACCCAUUUUCAAUGCCCUGGCUGAGGGAAGGAGGUUCUCACCCAAGAUUUGACGGUACAUGGCCCCGUCCAUCGUCCCUUUAAUGCGGUGAAGUUGUCCUGUCCCCUUAGCAGAAAAACACCCCCAAAGCAUAAUGUUUCCACCUCCAUGUUUGACGGUGGGGAUGGUGUUCUCGGGGUCAUAGGCAGCAUUCCUCCUGCUCCAAACAUGGCGAGUUGAGUUGAUGCCAAAGAGCUCCAUUUUGGUCUCAUCUGACCACAACACUUUCACCCAGUUCUCCUCUGAAUCAUUCAGAUGUUCAUUGGCAAACUUCAGACGGGCAUGUAUAUGUGCUUUCUUGAGCAGGGGGACCUUGCGGGCGCUGCAGGAUUUCAGUCCUUCACAGCGUAGUGUGUUACCAAUUGUUUUCUUGGUGACUAUGGUCCCAGCUGCCUUGAGAUCAUUGACAAGAUCCUCCCGUGUAGUUCUGGGCUGAUUCCUCAUCAUUCUCAUGAUCAUUGCAACUCCACGAGGUGAGAUCUUGCAUGGAGCCCCAGGCUGAGGGAGAUUGACAGUUCUUUUGUGUUUCUUCCAUUUGUGAAUAAUCGCACCAACUGUUGUCACCUUCUCUCCAAGCUGCUUUGCGAUGGUCUUGUAGCCCAUUCCAGCCUUGUGUAGGUCUAUAAUCUUGUCCCUGACAUCCUUGGAGAGCUCUUUGGUCUUGGCCAUGGUGGAGAGUUUGGAAUCUGAUUGAUUGCUUCUGUGGACAGGUGUCUUUUAUACAGGUAACAAGCUGAGAUUAGGAGCACUCCCUUUAAGAGUGUGCUCCUAAUCUCAGUUUGUUACCUGUAUAAAAGACACCUGGGAGCCAGAAAUCUUUCUGAUUUAGAGGGGGUCAAAUACUUAUUUCCCUCAUUAAAAUACAAAUCAAUUUAUAACAUUUUUGACAUGCAUUUUUCUGGAUUUUUGUUGUUGUUAUUCUGUCUCUCACUGUUCAAAUAAACCUACCAUUAAAAUUAUAAACUGAUAAUUUCUUUGUCAAUGGGCAAACGUACAAAAUCGGCAGGGGAUCAAAUACUUUUUUCCCCUCACUGUAUGUUCUCUGAAGGCAACAGCAAUAACCGCAAGACCAAACCAUGCCACGCACUUCUCAUCAAACUAUUUGUUAAUGUGCCUGUCUUCAGGUUAUCUUUUCUGAUGAGUGCACCGAGGCGGAGGGGCGUCACUGGCACAUGAAGCACUUCUCCUGUUUCGAGUGUGAGACGGUGCUGGGGGGACAGCGUUAUAUCAUGAAGGAUGGGCGGCCAUAUUGCUGCGGCUGCUUCGGUUCUCUCUUCGCUGAGUACUGCGAGGCCUGCAGAGAACACAUCGGUAAGCCCUGACCACUGCAGACAAGCAGACAGACCACUGCUUCUGCCAUUGUAAAAGAAAUGCUAGAAACAAAAAUAAACUGUUAGAUAUCAAUGUUUUUUAGGCAGUGAGAGAGUGUUAGUAAUCCAAUGCAAAAGAUCAAAAUAAGGUAACGUCAUUAUUCUCAGCCAGUAUAAACAUGUUAUAUGACAUAUGCCUAGGAGGAACUUGACGAUGAUUCAGGGAAUCACACCACAAAAGUGUUUCACAAAAUACACAAACAACUUUUCCCUCACAUCUGUGCUAACCGAAACCUUUCUCCUCUCCACUAGGGGUGGACAAUGCCCAGAUGACGUAUGACGGUCUCCACUGGCACGCCACCGAGGGUUGUUUCUGCUGUGCCCAGUGUAAGAGUUCUCUACUUGGCUGUCCCUUCCUGCCCAAGCAGGGCCGUAUCUACUGCUCCAAGGCCUGCAGUCUGGGAGAGGACGUCCACACCUCUGAUUCCUCCGACUCCGCCUUCCAGUCGGCUCGCUCCCGCGAAUCCCGCCGCAGCGUCCGCAUGGGCAAGAGCAGCCGCUCGGCCGACCAGUGCCGCCAGUCGCUCCUCUUCUCGCCCUCCAUCAACUACAAGUUCCCUGGGUUCACCGGUGAUGCCGGCAACACAGACACCCUCACCAACAAGUUGGCCCACCUGGGUUUAACCGACGAGGAGCGAUUCUGGAAGGGGAGGGAGGACACGGAGGCCCCCGAGGACCGGGAGGAAGAGGAGUGGGCCGAGCACGAGGACUACAUGACACAGCUGCUGCUCAAGUUUGGGGAGCAAGGUGUCUUCCAGCAGGGUGAGACGGUCGACUCCAGACCCCCAACAGAUCUGUGGAUGACCGAGGCAGAGGUCAAGAUGAAACAGUGUGAGCCUCAGGGCUCUAGGGCUGGGAGGGGAGGUAUCAGAGGAGGUGGUGGAGGAGGGUCAGGCAGCGAAAGCCUGGCCAGUAAGAAGUACCAGGCAGAUAUGUACUGGGCUCAGUCCCAGGAUGGGUUAGGGGAUUCGGCCUACGGUAGCCACCCAGGCCCUGCUAGCAGCCGAAAGCUCCAGGAGCUGGAGAUGGAGCACAGGGCUGGUAGCGUCGGGGAUACAGGCUUCCAGAGGGAGGAAAAGCAGUGGUAUGAUGACUCUCUGGAGUGUAUCACAGACGGGCUGAAACAGACGGAUCAGAGCGUGAGGGACUCCAUGGACUCACUGGCACUGUCCAACAUUACCGGUAAGACAUGUUACAUCUCCAAUGGAAUAGCCUUUUAGUCCAGGACUUGGCUUAACCAGGUCUUGAUCUGUGUAGCAUCCUACUGUUCAAUGUUCUGUGAUGGCAGAUUGUUAUUUGAAACAGUAUUGUGGUGAAUAGACACCUUGUACAAACAUGUAUUCUCAUUCUCUCUCCUUCUCUUCUUCCAGCGGCGUCAGUAAAUGGAGACAGUAAAGAGCGCCCUCUGGUCUACUCCUUACAAAACUUCCAGGAGCUCGAGGCAGAGAACUGUGAGAACACAAGCAACAUGGGAACUCUCAACUCCUCCACGUUACACCGCAGUGCCGAUUCCCUGAAGAGCCUUACGUCCGAGCUGGAACAGGUGGAGGAGAAUGUACCAGAGGAAGAGGAGGCUCCUCUUCCCUCUCCCCCAAAGCCACCUCACGUCCCGGAGUUGAGGAGGACUCGCUCCCAGUCCCGACCCCAACAGGUCAAGUUCUCCCCAGAUGUCGUUGACAACAGUCACUAUGGUGACCUGCCAAUGCGCCAGCCCCCCAUGAGCGAGCGGACGCGGCGGCGGGCCUACCACUUUGAAGAGCAGGACCAGGAGCUGCUUAGCUUGGGCCGCCACCACAGGAGGCGCCGCAGCCGCAAGUCCCGCUCCGACAAUGCUCUCCACCUGGUGCCCAAGGAGAGGGCCAACCGCAUUUACUUCAGAGAGAACCAUAGAGGCCAUGGGAGCCACGGCCUUGGCCACAAGGGGCCCCAGCAGCAGACCUUCCUGCCCAACCAGCAGAGGUAUGGCCAGGGCCAACCUGGUCACCCCCAUCCCCACCCCGCCACCUCAGACUACGGGCUCCAGCAGGGCCCAGCCAUGGAGAGGUUCCUGGGGUUGUGUGGGGACAGGGACGAGGAUGACUGGUGCUCCACCUGCUCGUCUUCCUCCUCGGAGUCUGAGGAGGAAGGCUUCUUCCUGGGGCAGCCCAUCCCCCAGCCUCGGCCACACAGACACUACUAUGAUGACCUGCCCAGCCCCGUGGCAGGCCUGCCCUCCCCACCUUACGGGGAAGUCCCACGGACUAAGUCCAAAAAGAAGAAGGGGCACAAGGGGAAAAACUGUAUCAUUUCAUAAGUCCCCUUUUAAAAUAUACUCUGUCUGCAUCACUUGUUGUUGCCACUGUUUGGAAUAUGGAAAUGGCCUGCCUGCUUGCUACAAAUGCCAAAAGUAUCUUGCCAACUGGGUGUACUACAUGUUAAUAUGGCUCUGGUCUUCUCCUUGAGAUGGAUUGCAAAAAACAGACAUGUAGUUGUAUUUCGAAGCGCUUCAUAAUUUUAUUAGAAAAAACGUUUCUGCAAUAUUAUGAAUUGUCAACAAAGUAACACACAAAAUAACUUGGAACAAAUGUAUUUAUAAAGCAGGAUUUAGAGACCAACUGAAAAUACUAUUUAACAGUGCAGAUAGAAAUGAAUGCAUAUAUUGUAAAGUUCAAAUACGAAACAGAUAUUUUUUUAUAACCUCGAGUUCCAUGAGAUGUUUUGUUUGUAGUGGAAUGGCAUUGAAAGACUAAACUGAUUGCAGUUAUUAUAGGAUCUGCUCUUUUGCUAACCAAGGUUUUAAAAAUGAAAAGUAUGAUAGGAGUUUCCACCAGCGAAGUUAUUACAGAAUACAAGUAUGAUGACAUCAGCUAUUUCCACGUACGUGCUUCUUUUGUAUUUAGGCUUACCGGUACGCAUUUGCUGCCCUGACAAGUGGGGAUAGCAUAUGUACUAUAUAGGGCCUGGUUGGGUUGACUAUUUUAUUUAUGGGUUAUAUUAUAUUGUAAACAGAUCAGUCAUCUGUAUAAAUGUAAAAACUGGAAUAUAAGGCUAAGAUUGAUAAUAAUUGUAAUAAAAAAUAUUAUAACAUGUCAGGUUUUUUGUUUAUUCCAAAAGGAGAGCAAUGUCCCCAAAAAGUUGGUACAGAACUAGUAUGUGUAUGAAGAAUGACUAUAGUGUAGAGGAACAGAAAAUGCUGAAAGUUAAAUAACUUUAUUAAAAAAUAGAAAAAGGAACAAAGAAUUUAAGAAUGUAAAACAUGACAGUAAACACUUGUAAAUGCAAAAUAUUCAAAAAUCUUGUUUUCGGACACUAUUUUUCUGGAGAGAACUGUAGGUAUUGAAAACACCACUCAUAACUCUUCAUUACAGUACACUUAAAUGUUGAUGACUGAAUUUCUCCAAAAAGCAUAUUCUCUACAUUCCUUCUGUGUGUGUAUAUAUACACAGUGUGCUUUUAAAAAAUCUGCAUGAUUCGGUUAUUUAACACUUGGUCAGAAAGCCAGAAUUGGAGUUCUGCAAUAUGUGUGUAACUAAGGAGAGAAGAAAUGACUGCUGGACAUGAGGUUUAAAGGAACCACACCUGAAUUGUCUUCUCAAGUCUGAAAUCUAUAUAACAGCGCAAAAAAAAAAAAUAUAUAUAUAUA